UUCUACAUUGUUCCUCCGCUGGCUCUCGCUUCCCAAGCCGGCCCCACUUUCUCGAUUAACCGGAACCGCUUCCCUCCGUCGCCGGCGAAAUUCUCCGAUCUAGUUGAAGUAGUGGCAAGCAUUGCAUUGUGUAAGGAUGAACAUUGGAUUGCCGAGUAUUUCUUCCUGGUUUAGCAAUCCAUCGAAGAAGGAUGUGGCCAUGGGAGCGACCAUCAUAUCCACGACUACUACUCUCGUUGAACAGGAAGAGCCAGCGAAAGGCUUAUUUGACAUCAAGAUAUGGGCCUGGUCACUUGUCUCGGGUAUUCCUUGGGCAACCGAUUCUGAAGACAGAAAGCAGAAAGCCACCACUAUAAACAGAGGGCUCAAACAGCAUGCUCAAUCUCGGAGGUUGCAGAGAACAAAGGUUGUGACUACCGUCUACCGCUUCAGACCUUACGUGUCGAAGGUUCCAUGGCAUACAGGCCCGAGGGCGUUUCUCUCGCAGCUUUUCCCGAGAUAUGGCCACUAUUGUGGACCCAAUUGGUCAAGUGGAAAAGACCAAGGUUCCCCGAUUUGGGAUCAGAGACCUAUUGAUUGGUUAGACUACUGCUGCUACUGCCAUGAUAUUGGUUAUGACACACAUGAUCAGGCCGAGCUGCUAAAAGCAGACUUGGCUUUCCUCGAGUGUUUGGAAUCAAACAAGUACGUAAGUACCAAGGGAGAUGCUCAUGUUGCUCACUUUUACAAGACAAUGUGCAUAACAGGUCUCAAGAAGAUACUAAUACCCUACAGAAGCUACCUUGUGAAGAAGAUACAGCACGGCCAGAAUUUACUCGACUUUGGGUGGAUAUUAAGCAGCCUAAGCAAGAGAAGCUGGAGUUUUCAGAAGAAUUGAUCCGCACGUUCAUAUUCCACGGAUGGAAAGGUUUCUCAAGUAGAGGCAGAAACUUAUCUCUGCAAUUUAUGGUAAAGCAUCCCCUUUCAUUUUGUACAUAGAGGCAACAGAAGAAAGAGUACUAGGUUGUGUAUAAGUCUUCUUGUUCAUAUGGUAAACCACGAAAUCAACUGCUGACGUUGGUAGAAGUCUUUGGUGCUUGUACAUUAAUUGUUGAAAUUGCUCAUAUAAAUACCCUUUUAUCCCUCUUGGGGUCUUCAAUGGAUUUCAGUGAAGAAAAUCAUUGAAUCUUGCGUCUUAA